AAGAGUGUGGGUUCCAAAGACCCCCUGUGCCCUCAACUCAGGCUCAUAAAAGGAUGUGUCUCUGCUCGGGGGUCAGGCCCUGCGUGGUCACGCUCCCUGCGGGGGCACCUGGGUUGGCCUCGUGGGAAGCUGGGUGUAAGGCAGGGGCAGUUACUUAUGGCGGCCCCGGCCAGGGUGCCCACGGCAGGCAGCACCCAGCUGAGGAAGUAAUUAGAGUGCUGCCAGGAGCAGGAAGCAAGGAGGGUGUUGGAGGCUCCGGCUCCCUUUCCAGAGUUAAAAAUAGCUGGUCUGUUGGUGGCGGUGGAGAGCCUUACACACAGGAAUGGAGGAGCAGCGGCAACCAGCGAUCGGGCCCGGAAGAGCCUCGACUGAGGCUUCGCCUCUCCGGCACGGCGCCCUUAUCAGCACCGCGGAGAGCACAGUGACCGUCUCCAGGACCUAGGCGCCCGCCCGCCUAGCAGCUCACGGGCGCACGGGUCUGCGGCGUCCUCAUCAGCACCGCGGACAGCGCCCCGGGCCCCAUCUCGUUGUCGCCAGCCCACCUGCUCCCCGAGUCAGCACGGCGGACAACCCCCUCGACGGGCCCCGCAGCUGCUCGGAGCUGUUAGCGCCCCCGGAACAUGGCCACUGAGGUCCACAAUCUGCAGGAGCUCCGGCGAAGUGCCUCGCUGGCCACCAAGGUCUUUAUCCAGAGAGACUACAGCGAUGGGACCAUCUGUCAGUUCCAGACCAAAUUCCCCCCAGAGCUGGACAGCCGGAUCGAGCGGCAGCUCUUUGAGGAGACUGUGAAGACCCUCAACAGCUUCUACGCAGAGGCGGAGAAGAUUGGGGGCAGCUCCUACCUCGAGGGCUGCCUGGCCUGUGCCACGGCCUACUUCAUCUUCCUCUGCAUGGAGACCCACUAUGAGAAGGUCCUCAAGAAGAUCUCCCGAUACAUCCAGGAGCAAAACGAGAAGGUCUUUGCCCCCCGAGGCCUCCUGCUCACAGACCCCGUGGAGCGUGGGAUGAGGGUUAUCGAGAUCUCCAUCUACGAGGACCGGUGCAGCAGCGGCAGCUCCAGCAGUGGCAGCUCCAGCAGCGGCAGCGGCGGCAGCAGCGGCGGGGCGGGUGGUCGGUGACUGGCCGAGAGUCCCUGCAGGGAGGCGUACGACUGGACUGAGGGCCCUGCAGACCUGCGGCGGCUACGCUACCAGAGCACCCGCUUCUGAGUCGUUCUCUGGGCCCAGGGCAGGAAGGAGGGUGACCCGCCCAGUGUUGCCUGCGGGCCCUCAAAGGCGCCCCCUGCCCUUCGCCCCCUGGCAGGACGGUCCACUUCCUGACCUGGCUCUUACCGACGGGGCUGGUCUGGGUCACACAGAGGCAGGUUUUCCAGGGGGAGGCUGGGGUGAGGACAACACAAUUUGGACAGCCCCUCUCUUCUGUAGCUCCCCUCCCAGCACCCCAGAAGAGGAUCCAGGUCUGUCACCUAGAGAAUUCCCAUCCUGCACGAUUCCUCACCCCAAAUCCCGCGUCCACCAGGACUCCCUCCCUCGGGGCCCUGCUCCCCACGGCUGUCUCCCAGUGUCUGCUCUUUCUGAUGCCACCACGGGGCCUCUGCCUGUCUGUGACCCUGCCUCCACCGAAUUCAAGGUCUGGGGAGACAGGAGUGGUCAGCCUUUGGGCGCUGCGAUGGGGAGUUCUUCAGCCCCCUCCUGACCUCUUCUAGACUCAUGGUGUCCCUGUCCUCCACCCAGAGCCUGGAGGUCAUCUUAGCCUUGCCAAGAAGCGUCCAAGUCCUGCGGCUUUGCAGGCCACCAGGUGCUGGUGGUGGGGCACAUGGCCUGGGGCUCUGGGAGGUUAUAUGGGGGUCUGGAGAAAUGCCUCAUGGAGAGAUGUAGCCUUGAGGGGUUUAACCGCCAGAACUGGAGCCAGCUUCCUGAGAUUAGAACCUGCACGUGUGUGAGAAGGAGUGUGUGUGCACGCAGGCACAGGUGUAAGUGCACGUAUGUGA